UAACCUCACUUUUAAAUGUCAUCAAAACUUGUCAACAAUUUUUUAAUGUGAUUAAGAGAAAUUUUUUGAGUAAUGUCACGAAUAAUAGUCGGUGGGGGCAUUAGCGGCUUAUCAGCCGCUUAUUACGCUAUGAAACAACCGACAAAUCAACCUUUAAUAGUUUUAGAAGCAACGGAUCGUUUUGGGGGUUGGUUAAAAACGACCCGAUUAAUCGAUGGGACAAUUUUCGAACAAGCAGCGCGAACGAUUCGGCCCAGCGGCAUUUCAGGCGCAAACACUUUACAAUUAGUCGAAGAAUUAGGGUUGGGAGACGAAAUUAUGCCCGUUUCAAAACUAAGCCCGGCUGCAAAAAACAGAAUGAUUUACGCAAACGGGUCGUUACAUUCCUUACCGAAUUCAUUAAUGGGGUUGUUUCGACGGCAAGAACCGUUUAGCAAACCUUUAAUUUAUUAUUUAAUGAACGACGUUAUAACACCAAAAAAGCACGUUUUAGGAGAUGACGAAUCUUUGUACAGUUUCGCUUCGAGACGAUUCGGAAAUGAAGUCGCUGAUUAUUUAAUAUCCCCCGUUGUCUGCGGAAUCUGCGGCGGUGAUGCUAAAGAAAUCAGUGUAAAGUUUUUGAUGAAACCUUUAUUUGAAAAGGAACAAAGAUACGGGAGUGUUUUGCAAGGAUUGUUUUUCGAUGGUUUAACCAAAAAGAGAGAAAAUUUAAUGGAUAGUCGGUUGUUGUUGCGUUCGAGGAGUGAAAAAUGGAACGUUUAUUCCUUUAAAAAUGGAAUUGAAGUCUUACCCAGGACAUUAAAGAAAAAACUUGAUUCGAAAGGCAUUGAUAUUAGGGCUAACACAAAAAUUGUCGAUGUUGAGUUAAAUAAACACUCAGUGAUUUGUAAAACUGAAUCAGGUGAUUGCAUCGUUGGUAAUGAAAUUAUUAGUUCAAUCCCCGCGUUUGAAUUAAGCACCCUAUUAAAGAAUCACCACCCUGAAUUAGCCUCAAUUUUAGCGAGUAUUCAAUACGCUUCGAUGUGCGUGGUUAAUUUACAAUACAAUGGAAAGGUUAUUCCUAAGGAAGGUUUUGGUUUUUUGGUGGCGCCCAACGAAGAAUCGGCUUUAUUAGGAGUGAUUUUUGAUAGUUGUUGUUUUCCGUAUCGAGAAACGACGGUUUUAACCGCGAUGAUUGGAGGAUAUAAAUACCACAAAUACAUUAAUAACAAUACAAGCGAGAAAGAGAUGGAAAUUAUUGCGUUAAAGGAAUUGAAGAGGAUGUUGAAACUUGAUGAGAAACCGCAAUCUGUGAAAGUUCAAUUCUUGAAGAACUGUAUUCCCCAGUACAUGGUUGGUCAUGAAAUGAAAGUGAAAGAAAUUGAGGGUUAUAUUAAAAGGAAUCGUUUGCCUUUGGCUAUUUGCGGGUCGUCUUAUUAUGGUGUUGGUGUUAAUGAUGUGAUAUUUUCUGCUAAAAAGGCUAUUGAUGAAAUUAGGGAUUAAAUUAAAUUUUUAAUUUGUA